AUGUUGGACCGAGUGGCAGCAGACUCGGAUAUGCAUGCGUAUCCUUUCAAGAAGAGAAACGGAUACGCUCAAUUGAAACCCGACUACUCCAAGACUCAGAGACUCGGUGCCCACGAUUCGGUCGCUUUCCGCUUGCGCUUGCUUCGGUUCGUUCAGCAGUUACUGGGCCCGAUCCAACCCCGGAAUCCUUAG